UCGGCGAUUCCCUGCCCAGGCCCAGGGCCAGGCCCCGCCCCCGCCGAGCAGCGCUGAGCGCGCACAGGAGGCUGAGUCGACCCCGGAGGGCCCAUCUGCAGCGGGAAGAGCCUCGAAUUGCAAAAAGGGGAGGGGGCUCCUGCUAUAGACAGGAGGGCAGUUCCUCCAUGGCGUGAGAUCAGCCCUCUGCCCAUGCCCAGAGAGCUCUCCCCUGGAGAACUGCAGCGUUCGAUCCGGUGACACGUUCUCCACAAGCGGGGCUGAUGUCGAAAGGGUCCCGCUGUGGCUUUUUCUCAGGCUUCCAACAGGUCACCCGUCAGUGCUGGCGAUCCUGAGGGUGUGUCCACACAGCUUGCGUAACCAGGUCAGGUCACGGCCUCCUGGCUGCCUUGGCACAACGCCUGGAUCUCGGCUAAGCUUUGCUGGCUUUGGAGGGCUGUGUGGGGCAAGCCCAGCCUGCUUGGUCAGCUGAUGCUUCUGUGCAUUGUGUGAGCCCCCCAAAUGGGUCCCAGAAUUCACCCGUUCACACGAAGUGGCGUGAAUGCAAGACCGAUGCUCGCCCUGGUGGUGGGGCACCAGGAGAACCCCGAAUUCCAAGGCUACAGGCAGGCCAUGGAGCACCACCGGGUGCCAAGCGAAACCCUGAGCCCCCAGCAGCUGGCCCACCGCUUCCCAGGGAUCCACCCGCACGGCGGGGAGAUGGCCGUGGCUGACCACACCGCAGGCGUCCUGUAUGCCAACAAGGCGCUUAAAGUUGUGCAGGACCUCUUUCAAAGCCACAAGGGGACCUUGAGGGACGGGGAGAAGGUUCUCCACAUCCUCCCGGGACCAGUGGUCACUGUCACGACCAGCCACGGGAGGUACCAGGCCAAACGCCUGGUGGUCACAGCCGGGGCGUGGACGAAUCACCUCCUGGCCCCGCUGGGACUGCAGCUGCCUCUUCAGCCGUUGCGCAUCCGAGUCUGCUACCUGCGGGCAAAGGUGCCAGGCCCGGAAGGCCUGCUGGGGCAACCUCCGUGCUUCCUGGGCAUCGGUCUCAACCAAGACAAGCACCACUUCUACGGCCUGCUGUCCGGGGAGUACCCGGAUCUGGUCAAGGUCUGCUACCACCAUGGCUCACCCGCAGACCCCGACAGGCCCAACCAGCAGGUCCAGGCCUCUCCUCCGGUGCCCGACCUCCAGCGCCUGCAGGAUUUCGUGAGCAAGUAUCUGCCAGGCCUUGAUCCAGAGCCCGCUGUCCAGGAGUGGUGCUUAUACACGGUAAGGAGGGGGCCGGCUGGGAGGAAGACCCCUGUAGCCCCUUUGUCUUCCACACAAAUCUGGGAAUCCCACUGA